CCCUUAUCUUGUUUACGUGAUAUAUUUCUUGUCUCAGGGCCAUCUAUAGUUCAAGACGUCCAUAUGGGGACAAGAGAUAAAAAGUAAGCUGAAAGAUAUCUGGUCCCAUGUUUACUCCUCACUGAAUCAGAAUUUGGUUCUCUUUUAAGAGACAUGUAAAUUUUCCAUUAUAUCUGACUAUUUAAACUGUAGUGGGGAAUUUGUACAAACUUCUCAGCUUAACUGUUGGCCCAGAACAUGUGUUAAGUAAGGUUUAACAAAAUUGGAAAGUACGGAAUAUAAUAAAAAACAGAGUUUGACUUAAGCUAUCUCCUUCAGCUUCCAACUUUGUGUAAAGAAUAAUGUUGAAAUUUGUUACUAGCAAAUUUUCUCCCUAUAAAAUGCCCAUUCUUACCUCUUGGGUGUUCCAGAAGUUUGGGGAUAUUGUCUCUAUGUGGUUGCUUUAAUUGAGAGAAACAUCAUAUUAAUUCCUGUAGACCACUGCAACAGGCUUUUUUGUUGUUUAAUGUGUUAGAAGUAUAAACAUAUUUUUCAAAGUUUAAUUAAAGCUUUCAGAUCACAUUUACAGCAAUCUUAUAGUUUCAUUGUAACAUUCAGCAGUCUCCGAUAUGUCCAUUUCAUCUAUUUUAUUUUUGCCUUAUGUCUUCUGUUGGCAGUGUUUUAUAACAUAAUUAUAUGAGAAAUGCUUCUGCCUUUUUUAGCUGAUGACUGAUUAAACUUUGCAUUGUUAAUUGUUGCUAAGAAAAUAUUAUGAAAACUCUUGGGUGUUUUUUCUCCAUGUAUGGACUUACACAGAAUUUGAGAAUCUCAUAAACUUAAAUCGUCCCAGAAGGACAAGGUCCGCCAGUUUAUGGCAUUUACCCAGGCUGGUGAAAGGACUGCUAUAUACUGCUUAACACAGAAUGAAUGGAAACUAGAAGUGGCAACAGACAACUACUUCCAGAAUCCAGACUUGUACUACAAAGAAUCCAUGAAAAAUUCAGUAGACAAGAAGAAAUUAGAACAAUUAUAUAAUCGAUACAAAGACCCACAAGAUGAAAAUAAAAUUGGUAUUGAUGGGAUUCAGCAGUUCUGUGAUGAUUUAAGCCUGGACCCAGCCAGUAUCAGUGUUCUGGUUGUGGCAUGGAAAUUCAGGGCAGCCACACAGUGUGAAUUCAGUAAAAAGGAAUUUAUUGAUGGCAUGACAGAGUUGGGGUGUGACACCACAGAAAAGCUAAAAGCUCUAUUGCCAAGGCUGGAACAAGAGCUAAAGGAUCCAGCAAAGUUCAAAGAUUUUUAUCAGUUUACUUUUAACUUUGCUAAAAAUCCUGGACAAAAAGGUCUAGAUCUUGAAAUGGCAAUUGCAUACUGGAAUUUAGUCUUGUCAGGAAGGUUUAAAUUUUUAGAUCUUUGGAAUAAAUUUUUGUUGGAACAUCAUAAAAGAUCAAUUCCAAAAGAUACUUGGAAUCUUUUGUUAGAUUUUGGAAAUAUGAUUGCAGAUGAUAUGUCCAACUAUGAUGAAGAAGGAGCAUGGCCUGUUCUAAUAGAUGAUUUUGUGGAAUAUGCACGACCAGUAGUCACAGGAGGAAAGCAUAAAACUUCCUAACCCCAGAUUUGUUGAUCUGGACUGAAUGAACUGCAGUGGGUAAUGAAGAUUUGUUAGCUGAUAACUGCACCUUGGUGCUGGUUUCAGUGGUCGUGAUGACAUUCUGCAGACAAAACUGCAAUUCCUCCUUUCUGCCUAAAGAAAAUGAUGGUGGAUGUGUGGACACUUCAAGAACAAACUCAGAAGAUCCAAGCUGUUUGUAGGCUAUUGGCUUCAAUUAUUGUACUGGUUGUAUCAUAUAGGAUGUAGAUUUUGCAUGAUUUUAUACUUUGGAGAAGUUUAACUAGAGGCCAUUUUAUUAAAGUUUUGACAGCACAGCAUGCCAUUCAGUUCAUAAUCCAAAGUGAACACCAGCAGUUACAUAAAUAAAAAUGUAUUAUAUUGUACUUAUAUUAAAAGCAGUAUUUGUGGUAUAUAAAUUAAAUCCAUAAAUAAAACUUAUGCAGUAUGUUGUAUUUUUAUAAAAGUUAGUUCUGUGGAUCUGUCUUAAUACAGAAUUGUAAAAAAUCCCCGAGCAAAUGAACUUUUUUUUUUUGUUUUUAACUUAUUGCCAAAAUGUUAAAUAUGUAUUUUCACAUCCUAGAUGUAUACAGUGAUUACAUCCAGCCUUUUGCUCUCUCCCAGUGAAAUUGACUUCCUCAUUUUUCUUCUUGAAGUGCUUGGACAUGUAACAAUAGCAUUGCUGAGGACAGGCUGCUGCUCUGUGCUGUGUUGCAGCUCCAGCUUUUUUUAGUAACCAUUUUAGAUCAGACAUUAAACAACCAAAGAUGCUUUUAUAAUUCAUGUUUAGUUAUCAUAAUUCAGUUAGUCUCCAAUUAUGUGUUUUAUUUAUUUUUAAUAAUGAACUGGUGGAAUAUGGAUUUUAUUUGUAGCUUGAAACAUAUCAUAAAUUCUAGCUAAAUGCAACAUAGUUGUAAAUUAAUUUCCUGGCAUUUCUCACAGAAAAUAGAUGUGAGUAAGCCCAAAGACUUAACUACUUGGCUUCCAUGGUGGAGAAAUAGUUAGGGGUAAGGAGACUUCAAAUUAAUAAGUGUUCAUGCCUAUGAAUGUGUUGCGCAUUCAAUUAUAUUUAAGAGGAUUACAAAGCAAAUUAAUGCAGUUUCAGUGAUCUCAAGGCUGGUGAAAUUGGACCAGUUUUCACCAAAUCUGAAUUUGUUCAGUCACUUGUUUCUCCCCUUUUGCCAGCCACUGAUUAUGAAGUGCACAGUGGUGUCAGUCUUCUAUUUCUCAUCAGUGUUUCUGAUGUCUGAGCACAAAAAGGUUUUACCAGAAACUAUUCAGCGUGUCUUCAUACAGGGCUCUUGCAAAUGCUACCUCAUCAAAAUGAGUUUGUCAUAGCCACUGUACAGGUCUGGUAAAAUGAAGACUUGCUAGAGAGUAUGUACAGUUAUGAUCAAUAUAUUUUCUGUAUUUAAGGCUGAAUAGAUGCAAGAAUUUUUGAGAAAAUAGUGCAUUAAGUUAUAUAAAUUAUAUCUGUUUAGAUCGUUGAAGUGUUGCAUGACAGCAGACUCUUUUAUUUUGUAGUUGCCAGGGUAUAAAAGCUUACAAUAUUCUCUUAAACUCUAAUAUUUAGAGUUUCAUACAAGCAUUAUGUCAACACAACGUGCAAGAACAAGUGUAUAUGCUGCAUACAGAGACUGCCUUCGUUCUUCCACUUGCUAGAAUUUCAGUUGUGCAUGGCAUUUAAAAAGCAAGGUGAGGGAAAAUUGGAACAAAUUAGUGAUUUUUCUCUUAGUAAGAGCCUAGCAAGCAAGUUACAAAUGCUCUGUGAGUGAUUUGGUAUGAGUAUUUGUCUCUUUUUGUGAGUGUCAGCCCUGGCCAAACAGCCGCCAGGUGUCAGCGUCUGAACCCGCUGCUGCCUGGAGCUCCUGUGCAGAGUUACCCACUGAGGCUCUGCCAAAUUGCUGCUUUCUGACUGCAUCCUUCUAGAAGGGCAUUUGUGUAACUCCAAGCAUUCUACAGAAGUCAGCAGAGAGUUAGAAGCAGUUCUACUCUUUUUAAUGCUUUUGAUUUAUCUAUGCCUCCUCCUCAAAAGAAGCCAUUUCUAUAUCUGUCUCACAAGCUUUGUAGAAUGUGUAGCAUUUUACAGCAUCAAGUGCAUUUACCUAGCCAGAAACAAUGGAAUGCUUGUUACUCACACAACUGCCAUUUAAAAUAUAUAGAUAAAAUAUAACUGACCAGAAGUAGUUUAAUCUGUUGGUAUGUGAUGUAACUGAAGUUUCAUAGCACUAGAGCUUGUGAAACAUUUGCUUGUAAUGAGAUCUCCAUCAAAUCAUUCUGAUGAACCUUCUACCUUUUAGAAUAAAUAGAGCAUAAAAAAUGCAUGUGGGUUGAGGGUUUUUUUCCUUGUUAAUCAGAGCAAGAAGGAAGAGAUGCUUAGCCCAGGAUUCAGAGUGUGUGUGUGUAUAUAUAUACACACACACUCUUAAAUCUCAUUCCUGGAGGAAUCCUUCAUGGGUGACAGUGGAAGACUGGGCAAAAUACUCCAGAGAUAGUAGUUGAUCCUUGUGAGCCAGAUUUUGAGGUUUGCUACACUUUUCCUUUUUCUUUUUUUCUUCCUGCUCCUCUACCCAUUUUAAACAACAUGUGAUUUUUACAUUCCUGUAUGAAGUAACACCUUCAAACUUGAACAGUCAUAAAAAAUGCAAAUAAACUGCUUUCACCUUACAAGUUUCUUACAUAUUUUAAUCAUUUGCUGUUGUCUGCAGUUUCACUUUACAGGGUACUCUGACUUCCAUUUUAAGUAAGCUGAUACAGUGGUAACACCUAGGCUGCUCAAUUUAUAAUCCUAAAUGGUACAGAUGUCUUCAAGUUGUUCAGUGCAUACAGUAUUACUUCACAGAUAUGCUGUAUGUAUUUUUAAAGUUGGUGCCAAGUUGUUUGGUUUGAAACUGAGCCAUAGGAUUUGUACUUGCCAAUUCUAAAUUUAAAUGUAAUUUAUCAUGUGUGUCAUGCCAAGGAGAGCAAACCUGCAGGCAUCUGCUCAUUCAAAGCACCUGGGAGAUUUGCUGCUGAGUAAGUUGUACAUGUGUGUAUAUUUUUUGGCACUGGAAAAAGGAAUAAAUGGACUGUCAAAGGAUUGAAGUCA